AUACAGCCCACAUUUGAUGGAAAAAAUUCUUCACAUGGCCGAAGGGAUUGAUAUUGGGGAGAUGCCGUCAUAUGAUCUGAUGCUGCCCAAAACUUCCAAAGGCCAAAAGCGCUACCUUUCAACCUAUGAUGGUCAAAAUCCUUCUAAAAAGCAAGCUGGUUCCAAAUUCCAUGUGAGACCUCGUUUUGAGCCUGUACAUUUUGUAGCUAGUAGUUCAAAAGCCGAAAAACAGGAAGAUCCUUAUGGCCCUCAAACAAAAGAGGUAAAUGGACGGACACAUUUUGUCAGCAUACCAAGAAACGUCUACCAAGAUUAUACUCAAGACUCUUUCAAUAUACAAGAUGGAAAUUCUCAGUAUUGUAAUUCAUCAGGGUUUAUUUUCACAAAAGAUCAGCCUGCAACAACCAACAUGUAUUUUGACAGUGGGAACCCUGCCCCAAGCAGCACAUCCCAGCAGGCAAAUUCUCAGCCACUCUCUGAGCCUUGUCUUUCACCAACCUAUCCUGAGUCAGUAGUUGCUGAGAAACAGUAUUUUAUUGAAAAGUUAACAGCAACUAUCUGGAAGAACCUUUCUAAUCCAGAGAUGACUUCUGGAUCUGACAAAAUUAACUAUACUUACAUGCUAACUCGUUGUAUUCAGGCCUGUAAGACAAAUCCUGAGUACAUAUACGCUCCUUUAAAAGAAAUUCCUCCUGCCGACAUCCCCAAAAAUAAAAAACUCCUCACAGAUGGUUAUGCUUGUGAAGUUAGAUGCCAAAACAUCUAUCUAACUACAGGUUAUGCCGGCAGCAAGAAUGGGUCCAGAGAUCGAGCUACUGAGCUAGCUGUAAAACUCUUGCAGAAGCGGAUUGAGGUUAGAGUUGUCCGGCGGAAAUUCAAGCACAUAAUUGGAGAGGACCUUGUAGUAUGUCAGAUUGGUAUGCUUUCUUAUGAAUUUCCCCCAGCUCUGAAACCACCAGAAGACCUGGUAAUGCUAGGAAAGGAUGCUUCUGGGCACCCUAUUUUUCAUAGUUCAGCCAAACACUGGACCAAUUUUGUCAUUACAGAAAAUGCAAAUGAUGCAAUUGGCAUCCUUAACAAUUCUGCCUCAUUCAACAAAAUGUCAAUUGAGUACAAAUACGAGAUGAUGCCAAAUCGCACAUGGCGGUGUCAAGUUUUCCUGCAAGAUCACUGCUUAGCUGAAGGUUAUGGAACCAAGAAAACAAGCAAACAUGCAGCUGCUGAUGAGGCUUUGAAAGUUCUUCAAAAAACACAACCCACUUAUCCAUCUGUCAAAAGUUCCCAGUGUCACUCAGGCUCUUCACCCAGAGGAUCUGGGAAGAAGAAAGACAUAAAAGAUGUUGUGGUUUAUGAGAAUUCUUCCAAUCCGGUGUGCACAUUGAAUGAUACGGCUCAAUUUAACCGAAUGACAGUUGAAUAUGUCUAUGAAAGGAUGACAGGUCUACGGUGGAAAUGCAAAGUGAUUCUAGAGAGUGAAGUCAUUGCUGAAGCAGUUGGAGUGAAGAAAAGUGUCAAAUAUGAAGCUGCUGGAGAAGCUGUGAAAACUCUCAAAAAGACCCAGCCGACUGUCAUUAACAACCUGAAGAAAGGGACUGUUGAAGAUGUGAUUUCAAGAAAUGAAAUUCAGGGCCGCUCAGCCGAAGAAGCUUACAAACAGCAAAUCAAAGAAGAUAACAUAGGGAAUCAACUGCUGAGAAAGAUGGGUUGGACAGGUGGUGGUUUAGGUAAAUCUGGUGAGGGCAUACGGGAGCCUAUCUCAGUCAAAGAGCAGCAUAAGCGAGAAGGGCUUGGUCUAGAUGUAGAGAGGGUCAAUAAAAUUGCUAAGAGAGAUAUAGAGCAGAUCAUCAGAAACUAUGCCCGCUCUGAGAGCCACUCAGAUUUGACCUUCUCCACAGAGCUGACCAAUGAUGAACGAAAGCAAAUACAUCAGAUUGCUCAGAAAUAUGGCCUGAAGAGUAAGUCUCAUGGGGUAGGCCAUGAUAGAUAUCUAGUGGUAGGUAGAAAACGGCGGAAGGAAGACCUUCUAGAUCAACUCAAACAAGAGGGCCAAGUAGGACAUUAUGAGCUUGUUAUGCCCCAAGCAAACUAAGAUUUUUACUAAAUUAUCUUGUAAAUGCCACAUGAGGCAGAUCUACAAAUAAUAAAGAGUAUUCGU